AUGCCCCCCCUGCUGGCCCCCUUCCUCCUCCUCCUCCUCGCCCCUCGCUGCCCCUCCCGUCCCUACCCCUCCUUCUCCGCCCCCAACGCCACUUUCAACCACCUGGCGCGCGCCAGCGGCUCAGGGACCCUCUACGUGGGGGCCGUGAACGCCCUGUAUCAGCUGACGCCGGAGCUGGGGCUGGUGGGACAGGCGCGGACCGGGCCGGAGCUCGACAGCCCCGAGUGCCUCCCCUUCCGGGACCCCGAGGACUGCCCCCAAGCCCGCCCCACAGACAACGCCAACAAGCUGCUGCUGCCCAACGAGGCGGCUGGGGAGCUGGUGGUGUGCGGGCAGCUGGCGCAGGGGCUGUGUGAGAAGCGGGCGCUGGCUGAAGUGGGUCAGGUGCUGUACCGGCCCGAGGAGCCGGGUGACAGCCAGUUCGUGGCAGCCAAUGAGGCGCGGGUGGCCACGGUGGGCGUGCUGGGGCACGAGGCCGGGCGCGACCUGCUCUUCGUGGGGCGCGGGCUGACGGGGAAACUCUCCGGCGGGAUCCCACCCGUCACCGUCCGGCCCCUGGCGGGGCCCGGCGCCUUCUCCAGCGAGGGGCUGGGCAAGCUGGUGGUGGGCGACUUCUCCAACUUCAACAACAGCUACGUGGGCGCCUACGCUGCCGGCGGGCACGUCUACCUGCUCUUCUCCCGCCGCGGCGCCAAGGGGCACCUGGACUAUCGGCCCUUCCUGGCGCGCCUCUGCGCCCGCGACCUGCACCUGUACUCCUAUGCUGAGGUGCCGCUGGCCUGCCGGGGCCACCACGGGCGCCUCUACAACCUGGCCCGGGCCGGGCAGCUGGCCCGGCUGGCGCCCCCCCAGGGCAACGUGCUCUUUGUGCUGGCGGCUGUGGGGCAGGGGGCCACGGCCACUCCCGGCCCACAGACAGCCCUGUGCACCUUCCCGCUGGCCCAGCUGGACGCGGCCGUGGAGAGGACCCGGCGGGCGUGUUACACGGCGGGGGGCCGGGGGCCGGGGGGCCGAGAGGAGGCGACCAUCGAGUACGGGGUGACGUCCCGCUGCGCCGAGCUGCCCAAGGAAUCCCCAGACGUUUACCCCUGCGGGAGACGAACACACCCCACAGCCCCAUUUGCCGGCCGCGCUGGCCCGUGCGGAAGCACAGCGCCCUGUGUGACUGGGCUGCCAAUGCUCACAGCCGUGGCUGGAAUGGAGACCGGACACACCAUCGCUUUCCUCGGAGACGGGCAGGGGCCAAGCUGCAUAAGGGUGUAAUCUGAACUCUCCUGGGGCAGGAUGUACAGCUUCCGUGCCGCCCAUUGGCCAGGCUCCCCCGUCAGCCGUCUCCUACUGGAUGGCAGUCGGACACACCUCUACGCCAUGACAGAUGUCCAGGUCACCAAAGUUCCGGUCUCCGAGUGCCCCCACUACCAGGACUGCGCUGGCUGCCUGCGCGCCCGGGACCCUUUCUGCGGCUGGUGCAUCCUGCAGGGCCGGUGCACUCGCAAGCUGGAGUGCGAGCACUUUGAGGCAGCCGACCAAUGGCUGUGGAGCUAUGGGGCCAGCAGCCAAUGCCUGCGCAUUGAGACAGUGACGCCGGCCAAUCAGAGCCGUGAGGAGCAGACAGAGGUCUCGCUGUGGGUGCCCCAGCUGCCCCCCCUGGCUGAGGGUGAGAGCUACCACUGCACCUUCGGGGAGCAGGACAGCCCCGCCCUGCUGCAGGACGCCUGGGUCCGCUGCCACUCGCCUCCCAGCCCCCAGGUGCCACCCAGCCAGGAGGGCAAAGAUCACGUGACCAUGGCGCUGUCCCUGAUGUUCGAGGACGUGGUGGUGGCAGCGACGGAGUUCGUCUUCUACGAUUGUAGCGCAGCGACAUGGCUGGCGCGGUCUUCCCCGCGCCCCGCGCCAACCUGCAGUGAUAUAGAGAUCCAGCCCCACAGCAGCCCCCUGGAGGGGGGAGUGUCCCUCACCAUCACGGGCUCCAACCUGGGCCGGCGCCUGGCGGACGUGGGCUCGGUGCAGGCGGCUGGCCGGCCCUGCACCCCCGACCCCGCCCUCUACCGCGUCUCCACACGGAUUGUGUGUCAGGUCUCUCCAGGGCAGAGGGGUGUCUCUGGCCCCAUUGAGGUCACCGUGGGGAACCGGCCCCCAGGCAUCUCUGCCGACCACUUCACCUACCAGGACCCCACCCUGCGGGAGCUGCACCCCAGGAUGGGCCCCAUGGCAGGGGGCACCCAACUGACCAUCCUAGGAGAGGAGUUGCUGACAGGCGACCAGAUCGCAGCCUUUGUGGGCGACCUGUCCUGUACCAUAGUGGCCCCCGUGGAGCCCACGGCCAUUGUGUGCAUGACCAGCCCCAGCCCAGAGCCACAAGAGGCGUCCGUGCGGGUGCUGUAUGGACAGACAGAGCGCCGCCUGCAGGGGGGCACCUUCACCUACACCCCAAACCCCAACAUCACCGGGGCGGAGCCAGCCACCAGCUUCCGGGGGGGCGGUCGGAUCAUCCGCGUGGAGGGCACGCACCUGGACGUGGUGCGGCAGCCGCUCAUCAAGGCCGUGCUGGUGCCAGGGGGGGCGGAUGGCAGCAGGGGGAGCAGGAGGAAGAAGAGGCGGUGCUGGGGGCCCCCCUGGGACCUGCUGACCCCCCCACACUCCUGCUCCAUGGUGGGGGACCUGCUGGAGGUGAGCUGGGGAGCAGAAGCGGGGGCUGGACUACAGGGGGGCCAGAGGGGCCUCUCCCAGCACCCCCCGGCCCGCACACUGGACCUGGAGUGGCGCUCGGGCGUGGCCGGUCACCUGACCCUGUCUGACCAGGACCUGACAUCUGUCACCCACAACGGGUGGAAGAGACUGAACACCCUGCAGCACUACAAGGUUCCGGACGGGGCAACGGUCGGGCUGAUCGCACGGCUCCAGAACAACGUCCCCCAGAGCCCCAACCAGAGCUUCCUCUCCGGAGAGAACACCCCAAUGCUGGAGGACGGCGAGGAGGGGGGGCUGCGUCUCUGGCACCUGGUGAAGCCGACAGAGGAGCCAGAGGCCCCAAAGCAGCAACAGCGUCGUAGCAGCUUGCGGGAGCGACCCACGGCCAUCCCCGAGAUCUACCUCACCCGCCUGCUCUCCGUCAAGGGGACGCUGCAGAGUUCGUGGAAGAGACAGCGCUCCAGGCCGGCUGAGCAUGGGCCGCCCUGGUCCCUGUGGCUGUCAAAUUCCCUCUUCGACCUCAUGCCUGGACGAGCUGGCCACUUCCCGGCAUGGGGUCAGCGAGCCGAGACCCCCCUGCACAUUCUGGAAACCCAACAGGAUCUGGUGUCCGGGACAGGCACGCCGCGCUCCCCCCGUAGAGACCCCAAGUCCAAGGACAGCCCCGCCCCUUUCUCCAAGGGACCCCGGCGUCGGGACAGGCCCCGCCCUCACCCCGUAGAGACCCCAAGCUCCAGGACAGCUCCGCCCUUCUCCCAGGGACCCAUCGCGUUGGACAGGCCCGCCCUCCCCUGGAGAGACCUGGUGGUCUGGGAUAAGCCCCCUGCCUCCCCCGUCUCAUGGCCCUCCGCCCCUCCGUGGGACCCCUGCCCCCCGUCUCAUGGCCCUCUGCCCUCACGGACUUCGCCCGUGAACAAGCUGCUCUCUCAGCCAACCGUGAGAUCCCGCGCUCAAGAGCUGGUGGACAGGUACUACGUGGAGUUUCACCAGGCCCCCCCGGCCACCUACCAGGAGCUGAACUCGGCCCUCACCGAGCUAUCCAGGAAAUACUCCUCGGACCUGGACUGCUCAGCAGCGCUGCAGGAGCUGUACGGCUACAUCAAGAAGUACUACGACCAGAUCAUCAGCGCCCUAGAGGAGGACCCUGUGGGGCAGAAGAUGCAGCUGGCCUGUCGGCUGCAGCAGAUCGCGGCCCUGGUGGAAAACCAAGUCACCGCCCUGUGACUGGCCCCACGCCUGCGCCACGGAUCCCCCAGUUCCCGCCCCACGUCGGCCCAGCUGCUCCCCCCCAACGUCCCCAGAUCUCAGGGAUUCCCCCAGUGCCUUAGGCAAAGCUGCAAAGGGGGUUCACCCCCCAAGCCCUUCGGGGUCCCCCCAGCUCCUGUCGGGAGAGCUGUAUGUCUGCUCUAGCUGCCUUCAGCCCUCCUGGGGGGGUGAGCUGCCCCUGACCCCCCCCCGAGAUUCUGGGGUGCAGGAGCCCCCUUCCUUCAGGCUUGGGGUCCCCCAGGCAAGUAGUGCACUAAUCUGGGGUGUUUGUAGCCACCCCUGCUUUGUACAGAGCGGUGCUAAUGACCCCUAAGAACCCCUAUUUCGUACCCCCCUGUACAGGCCCGUAGCUUGGCCUUUGGAUGUGAGUUAUUUUCAGCAAUAAAAACUCUUUUCAGAAAUUGGGUCUCUGGCCCUUUA